UGGAAAACAACGCUUGCGCGUGAUUUUUCGCUUUUACAAUCGUUUUUCUCGUGUAACCUACAGAACACCUAUUAGUGCAAUGAAAUUUAAUUUGUUGCUGUUUACGUUGGCGGUAUGUUGUUCGACAGUUUGUUCUCGUGGAGUCAACGGAGGGUUGAGUUGUGCAGUGUGUACAGUUGUUAUGGGUGUUGCCCUCCAAGUGGCAGAAAUAAAAGAAGAAAGCAUCUUCAACGCAACACGAAGACUUUGCCGCUAUCUGCCAGACAAGGUUGAAGGGGAAUGUUUAACGCUACUUGAAGAAGUCGAACCUAUAUUUAAUGACGUUUCAGAAAAGAUCACGCCAGAUCUGUUUUGUUUGAUAUAUGGCACGUGUAAAGUAGAUCCGGGUCAAGAAAUAUGUCAUCUCUUUCCUCUUCCAGUCAAGACCCUUGACACAGUUCAUAAGAUGAAAAAAAGUGUGGUGCGCAGUAUAGAUGUAUGUACAUUUCCAAUUUUGAGGGACAUCUGUCAGAUCUUGAAUAAUUCAUAUAUUACAUUAAAAGCUGCCCAAGAUUUUGACAACGACGGAUUUAGCAUAAUCAACACUGCAAGAGGUUCCGAUUGGAAAGGCAAAGAUUGUCGUGACAGUGAUGAAAACUUCUAUCCCGGAAGACUUCCUCUAGAUGUAGACGUAGAAGCUGACUCCAAUUGUAAUGGAAUUUACGGCAUGAAUCAAUUGAACAAUCGCCCUUGGGAAGAAAUUCUUUGCCGAAAAUCUGAUCCAAAGGGAGUAAUUUACAUAGGUGACUCCAUCGGUGCCCACUUUCACAUGCCACAAAUAUGGAUUAAUCCCAUUGAAUUCAACUGGCCUAGUUCAAAUGCAACAGAUGUUAUUUUGGACGAAAUAGACUGGCCACAAUAUGGCUUCCCUACUGGAUACAAAGAUAUAUAUCCAAAUAUUCUUAUUAAAGGACCAGUAGAUUCCAUUUACUUGAGGUUGAGGAAGAGAAAUCGGUGUAAUCAUAGGGAUUAUCAGAAUUUAUCACAAAAUGGGGCUUCCAGUUACGAUGGCAUUUCACAUGCUGAAUCGAUAACACGUAACCAGACAAGAGACAAUCCAGCCAUAGUUAUCUAUGCUAUGCAGGGAAAUGAUGUUUGUAACAAUUUUGAAGAUACAAUUGCAAAUAUGACUAGUGCAGAGCAGUUUCGUUCCAACGUGAUGCAAACUCUGAAUGUGUUAAAUCGGAAACUGCCCAAGAAGAGCCACGUUAUUCUAAUGGGUCUGGUCAAUGCUGACUUCAUCUAUCCCAAAAUGGCAAAUCGACUGCAUCCCAUUGGCACUAAACAUAGGAAUGUGUAUUACAAGGAUUUAUAUAAAUGGUUUAAUUGCAUGCAAAUUGGUCCUUGUACAGGAUGGUUGAACAGUAAUGAAACUCUAAGACAAAUAACCACACAACACGCCAAAAUUUUAACAAACGUUUUGAGAGAUAUUGUGGAAAAUGAACAUUUCAAAUAUUUUAAAUUACAUUUUGUGGAAAAUCCCAUUAACCUAAUUGUUAAUGAAGAAAAAGUCAGUGUUCCUGAUCUGCUUGAAUCUGUUGAUAGCUUACAUCCGAAUCAAAGAGCUCAGCCUUUAAUGACUGAAAAACUGUGGUCGCAAAUUCUAACAAAUUUACCUGAAGAAGUUCUUGGACCAGUGAAUAAAUAUAAUAUGAAAAUCAAGAAACUGUUUGGUAAUCAAGGAGGACAUUGAAUAAUAAUAAUUAUAAUAUUAAUAACAAUUUUUUUGUAAUAUAUCUAAAUCUUGCAGACAGAAGCAACGUAAUUUUUAUUCCAUUUAAUUAGUAUAGUAAAAUAAAUAA